CAAAUUGAUAAGGCUGGGAUGUAUCUACAAUUGUUAUUUGGUGUGGGUGUGGAGCUGGAGGAGGUGGGGGUACAUUAAGAUGAUAAUUUCACAUCGAUAUUCUGGUACAAAGUAAAAAAUGAAGUUUCUUACGUUGUUUCUAAUAUUUCUGAGUUUAUCAAUACUAACUGCGGACUGUUAUAAGAAGGGAAAGCGUAAACGCAAUUUGAAGCACAUUGUGCAGAGUUACUAUGCGGAUUUUGCUCCAGCCAGUGGCGAAUCAAGUGCUUCGGAAAAUUCAGAAGGUGGUGGAAACGGUAAUGGCAAUGGAAAUGGUUGUGAAGACAAAUGCAAUAGUGGUCCGGGUGGGGGAAACUCAAAACAAAAAGCCACCAACAUAGCACAAAAAGCUGCCCAAGAAGCCAAGGCUGCUUCUGAAGCACAGGCAGCUGCUGGUCAAGCCGCUGCUCAUCAAGUGAAGGCUCAAUUGGCUGAAAAAGCGAUGGCUGCCGCAAAGGCAGCAGAAGCGGCAUUAGCUGGUAAACAACAAAUUGUGGAACAACUAGAGCAAGAAGUGCGUGAAGCAGAAGCUGUUGUGCAAGAGGAGAGCGCAUCACUACAGAGUGCUCAAUGUAAUGUUAAUGCUGCAAUGCAAGCUGUACAGCAAGCUCAAGCUCAAUUGAAGACCCUAACACAAGCUGUCCGCACAGCGCAAGCAAAUGUUGGCAACUCAGAACAAGCAGCGCAGGGAGCACAGCAAGAACUUGCCGAAAAGACACAACUAAUGGAGGCAGCCAAAAACCGUGUUGAACAGUUACUACGCCAAAUGAGUCAAGCACGAGCCGAUCUAGCCAACACAAAGCAAGCCGCAUAUAAAGCUGCACGAGCUGCACAUGAAGCCCAAGUAAACGCCCAGCGGGACACUUGUUAGUAGCGCAUCAAAACCAAUCGAAAUUUCCCCUAUUUUAUAUCAAACACAUGAAUUUUUACAUGCAUUUUAAAAUAAUUAUAUUUUUAUGAUACAUUAAAACCCGUUAUGUUACCUAAA